GAAUCCCAUAACCAGAGUUCCUUUGGCGGUAGGGCUCAGCAUGGACGCUAGACCUGCCUACGAGGGGACUCUUGACGAGUCCCGCUUAUUUGCGAAGCUUCCGAAUGAGAUUGCGGAACUCAUUCACACAGCUUCUGGGACCCAAUACCUGAAUGCGCUUGCGGUUGGCGCAUUGAGGCCUGGAUGCACAGAAGGUUUCUUUUGCCUGUACGAACCGAUUUUUGUGGAUUUGGCAGCACGGUGGCUCUUAUCCGACUCUCAGCUAGAUCAAAUCGAUAUUCUUUCCGCAUUUUCCAGAGUCUUACCGUUCGCGCCAAACCUCCGACCUUUUGCAAGCCAAUAUGCCAUUGCUCGGGCUGGACCUCUAUCGGCUUUGGCUGCGUGUGAUGAGCUAACUCUUUCACAAAUAAAUGAUGCCACCAUCCGAAGCCUCUUGUUAGCGAUCUUCAGGCUUCUUUCCUAUGACCCAGAAGUCUUCUCAAAGGCUGUAUCGCCCUCUCAGCUCCAAUCGCUAUUCCAACACCGCGACCGAUCCGUUAGAUACCUCUCCAUACGAUGCUUCGCCCUCUACAUGCGUGCAGCGGAUGCUGCCCUGGAGGAAUUAAUCAAAACUCAUUUUGCGGACGAUAUCGUGGAGGGUGAAUGGGAGGGAACCACAAUCGACUACCGGUGUCUUGGCUUGUGGGAAGAACGUCGGUGGACCACACUGGAGAAGCAGGUUCAGCUCGCCAGGUCGAACCGAUCUACUCCCGAUGCUCUUCCGCAGAUUGAGAAGCUCCGAGAAUAUUUCACUUCCAGAACUGCCGAAAUCUGCGGAGUGUUGGUUCCACGACAAACUAAUGCUUCUUCUCAACCGUCCUCGAUUGUGAAAACGCCGACCGCCGUAGGAAACCUGCGGAAAAUUGCGACAGCACUAAUAUCUGCUAGACCUAUGUUGCUGGUUGGUUUGCCGAACUCGGGGAAAACAACAUUGAUCAACGAUGUCGCCGCAACCAUGGGACAGGCGGAGACGAUGGUCACGCUACACUUGAAUGAACAGACCGACGCAAAGAGUCUUUUGGGAAUGUAUUCGACCUCACCAGCUACAGGCUCUUUCGCCUGGCAACCUGGUGUUUUGACCAAGGCAGCGAGGGAGGGCCGUUGGAUCCUGAUCGAAGAUUUAGAUCGCGCGCCUUCCGAAGUCAUUGGCCUUAUUCUUCCGAUCAUCGAGCGGGGAGAGUUGACCAUUGCUAGCAGGAAGGAACGAAUCAAAUGCGCAGAAGGCUUCAAGAUAAUUGCCACCAUGAAGUCUUCUUACAACAUCGCAGGCGAAGAAAUUGCCCCCAGUACCAAUAUCCUAGGAAGCAGGUUGUGGCAACGCGUCCAGAUUGAUUCCCUCGCCAUCGACGAAAUUCGAGAGGUUAUCACGCAAAAAUAUCCUCUCCUGGAAUCUCGGGUCGCCACUAUCAUGGAUGUCUAUCAAAGGCUUUGUGCCUCCUUUCAUGGAAGUCUGGCAAUUAAGAGCUCCCAGGGACGAACUCCUGGUCUUCGUGAUCUGAUCAAGCUCUGUAGCCGAAUGCACAGGCGGCUUCAGCGUCUGGGGGCGAAAACUGGCUAUGAAGCGACGCCAGAGGGUGCCGAGGAUGAGAUAUUCCUAGACGUCGUGGAUGUGUUCUUGAAAUAUAUCCCUGAAAAGACCCUGGCGGAUUCCCUUUCCUUGGUUGUUGCUGAAGCUCUGCAAAUUUCACCGCAGCGGGCACGCUUCUGCAUGCACGAGAGAACGCCUACCUAUUCUGACCAAGGCAACAGCCUCACGCUUGGAAGAGAAACAUGUCGCAAGAUUAAGGUCCCGGCCGGAUCUCUCACGAAAGCCGCUGCCUCCUCGUCUCGCUUUGCGUCAACGAGAGCUGCUUUGGGAUUGAUGGAGCAAGUUGCCGCUUCUGUGCAAAUGGCCGAGCCUGUCCUUCUCGUGGGUGAGACGGGUAUUGGCAAAACCACAGUUAUUCAACAGCUUGCUACGCUGAUGCGACAGAAGCUCACGGUGGUUAACUUGUCCCAGCAGAGUGAAAGCACUGAUUUGCUUGGCGGGUUCAAGCCAGUCAAUAUUCGCACAAUGGCUGUACCGAUGCAUGAUGAGUUUGUCUCUCUCUUCGAACUGACAUUCUCAGCAAAGAAGAAUCAAAAGUUCCUUCAUUCCGUCGCCAAGAGUGUCACUGCAGGGAAUUGGGCUCGCCUAGUACAUCUUUGGCAUGAAGCAGUCCGAUUGGCCGAUGGAGUGUUCAAGUCAGACCAGGGCUCUCAAGGUGCUGAGGAACAACCCGCGAAGAAGAGAAAGUUGGAUUCGCCUAAAUACCAACUUUUGCGGCAGAGAUGGGACAGAUUCGCAGCGCAGCUCAAUGAUUUCGAGUCGCAAGUAUCUCAAGGAGAUGCGAAAUUUGCCUUUGCCUUCGUUCAAGGAAAGAUUGUCCGAGCGCUGCGUAACGGCGAGUGGGUUCUUCUUGACGAGGUUAACCUUGCUUCACCGGAUACUCUCGAGAACAUCGCCAGUCUUCUCCACCAUGGUAGCGAAGGUUCACCAUCCGUCUUGCUCUCCGAAGCGGGUGAUGUGGAGCGCGUCUUUGGUCACCCUGAUUUCCGUAUUUUUGGCGCAAUGAAUCCUGCGACUGAUGCAGGCAAGAAGGACCUUCCCCCUGGUCUUCGAUCAAGGUUCACGGAAUUCUAUGUGCAAUCACCCGAUAGCGACCUGGAUGACCUGCUUUCUCUGAUUCAGAAGUACCUCGGCGAUUUGGCGUUGACUGAUGCCAGAGCAGUCCCGGAUCUUGGACAGCUCUACAUGGAAGCUAAGAGGCUAAAUACCGAGAACAAGCUCACUGACGGUGCUGGGCAGCGUCCACACUUCAGCAUCAGAACCCUUGUCAGAGCGCUCGUCUACGUAGCCGAUCAUGCACAUAUCUACGGCCUGCGCAGAGCAAUCUACGAGGGGUUCUCUAUGAGUUUCCUGACAGUUCUCAGUCAAGAAUCGGAGCGUUUGUUAGCACCUUUGCUCGAGAAGCAUAUCUUCAGCAACGUUAAGAACUCCAGAGCACUCCUGGGCCAGACACCCAAACCACCAAACGACGGAAAUGACUAUGUGCAAUUCAAACAUUACUGGAUGCGUCGUGGCCAUCUGAAACCCGAAGAACAACCUCACUAUAUCAUCACACCUUUUAUCGAGAAGAACCUGAAGAAUCUGGUCCGAGCAAGCUCCACGCGCCGCUUCCCCGUUUUGCUGCAAGGUCCGACCUCUGCUGGUAAGACUAGUAUGAUUGAGUUCCUUGCUAAGGUCUCGGGGAACCAGUUCGUCCGCAUCAACAAUCACGAGCACACUGAUCUUCAAGAGUAUCUGGGAACUUACGUCUCCAGCGACGAUGGCACCCUCCGCUACCAAGAAGGUGUUUUGGUAGAGGCUCUCAGAAACGGUUACUGGAUUGUUCUCGACGAAUUGAACCUGGCACCUUCCGAUGUCCUCGAAGCAUUGAAUCGACUGUUGGAUGAUAAUCGUGAGCUCUUCAUCCCAGAGACGCAAGAAGUUAACCCCGCCGGUCUCUACGGUGGUCGAAAGGUGUUAUCUCGCGCCUUCCGGAACAGAUUUUUGGAGCUUCAUUUCGACGACAUUCCCGAAAGCGAACUGGAAUAUAUCUUGAAGGAGCGCUCACAGAUUGCUCCUUCGUUCUGUACUCGGAUAGUGUCGGCCAACCGACUAUUCGAACAGAAAAACAGUUUUGCAACCCUGCGUGAUCUUUUCAGAUGGGCGCUUCGUCGUGCUGAUGAUCGCGAGCAAUUGGCGAUCAAUGGUUUCAUGCUGCUGGCAGAGCGAGUGCGCAAUCCUCAGGAGAGGGCUGCAGUCAAGAGCGUGAUCGAGGAAGUCAUGAGAGUCCGAAUUGACGAGGAUGUCAUCUAUGGUGCCUCAGAAAUGGACAAGCGCGCUCCCAAUCUUGCACAGCUAGCUCCAGGAAUUGUGUGGACCAAGGCAAUGCGCCGACUGUUCGUUCUUGUCUCCACCGCCCUCGAGAAUAACGAGCCUAUUCUGCUUCUGUGCCAAGCAGUUGCCGAGAUUUGCAGAAAACAACUGUAUAUCAUCAACGCACAUGUGAACUUGGAAACGGGUGACCUUAUUGGUGCUCAAAGACCCCUACAUAGCGACUUACGAACUAUGUUCUCGCGGGAUGAGCAGUCAGUCGCAGAGCAACUACAAGAGCUUGAUCCUGAGUUGAGACUUCGAGUUGAAAAGAAUCUCGCUCGGCUUAACGCCUUGUUUGAAUGGUCUGAUGGAAGUUUGAUCACGGCUAUGAAGACGGGCCAGUUCUUCCUUCUUGAUGAGAUCUCACUUGCCGACGAUUCCGUUUUGGAGAGGUUGAACAGUGGUCCAAUUGACUCCAUGGUGGUUGCUCAUGAGGGCUUCCAGUUUUUGUCUACUAUGAAUCCUGGAGGUGAUUACGGAAAGCGCGAGCUUUCUGCCGCUCUUCGCAACCACGAGGACAUUCUGCCGAUCCUCCGAAUGAAGCUUCAGCUAGAAUCGGAGCACGUGCCUAAAGCGAUGCUGCAGUUCGCCAAGUGGUUCAAGACGACAUUCCAAAAUUCCACGACAUCCUCGCUUUCCAUUCGUGACCUUCUUGGCUGGGUCGAGUUCGUCAACAGGUGUCAGAGCUCUGAUCCCAUGUUCGCGGUGGUGCAAGGUGCCGCAAUGGUGUUUGUUGACACUUUGGGCGCUAAUCCUGCAGCAAUCCUUGCGACAGCUUUGAAUGACCUUGAAGGCAAUCGUCGGUUGUGUCUAGACAAGCUGCAAGAGCUUUUCGAUUCAAUUAUCGACACUGAUGGCACCUCCCUUCGUGUCGGGCCUUUCAUUCUUCCCAUCAAUGAACAAGGAAGACCCGAUCCCGAGUUCAUCAUGGAUGCUCCUACUACUAUCGGCAACUCACCUAUCCUUCUGGAGGGCAGCCCGGGUGUUGGAAAGACGACGCUAGUCACUGCGCUUGCCAAGGCUCUCGGAAAGCCGCUCACUCGAAUCAAUCUUUCUGAGCAAACGGAUCUGACGGACCUAUUUGGGUCUGAUGUGCCGGUGGAAGGAGGCGAUGUUGGACAGUUCGCUUGGCGUGAUGCACCAUUCCUGCAAGCAAUGCAACGUGGUGAUUGGGUUCUUCUUGACGAGAUGAACCUGGCUUCUCAAUCUAUGGUACACCCCGACUUUGUCCUUUUCGCUGCGCAGAACCCGCAUCAUCAGGGUGGUGGCCGGAAAGGUCUUCCGGCGUCCUUUGUCAACAGAUUUACUGUGGUGCGAAUCUGUGCCAAGCUAUUCCCUGGAAGUCCCGCCACCCAGACCGACAACCUCGUCGAGUUCAUCUCCCUGCUUAACAAAGCCAUUCAAGAGCGAAGGCUAGGCGCGCUGGGUGGUCCCUGGGAGGUUAACCUGCGAGACAUCCAGAGGUGGCUUCAGUUGGCUGACCGAGGGAACCUGCAAGUGCCUGCCCGGUUCAGAAGUGAGGAAGACCGCAGCGUGGUGUCUCGGUUGUUUGGGCAGGUCUUUGGAGAUUCUCUCACGGCCCCGAAAAGCUAUUACCAUAACCUGACACCAGGCUACAUGCAGGUUGGACUUGGCUUCAUGCGGCGAGAUUCAGUUUUACAACAGACCUCGGAUCCCCAAAUGCAGAUUCUCCCAAGGGACUUGUCUGUCCUGGAAUCACUAAUGCUGUGUGUCGAACAAUCCUGGCCGAGCAUUUUGGUGGGUUCAUCUGGUUGUGGCAAGACAACCCUCAUCAGGAAACUCGCCGCGCUAAAUGGAGCCAGCUUGGUUGAAUUGGCACUGAGCGCUGAUACAGACACCAUGGAUCUUAGGGAAGUCUCGUCCUUGCUCCUGGAGAUCUCGCAGUAUCUUCAGCGACAGAUAAUUUCCGCGUAUGCCACGAGAGACACUGCGGACCUUUCGUCUAUCCCUCUUCAGCUCUACGAGAGUCUACAGAGCCCGGAUGUGUCGCUUGACGGUGUGGUUGCGUCGCUUGUGAAGCUGUAUGAAUCUUUCCGCCAACCUCUUCUUCAAGAAUAUGCCAACCGGGCUCAGCGCCUAUCAGGCAUCUCUGAGAAGACGGACAAAAUGAAAGUCGGUUUUGAGUGGACAGAGGGUGUCUUAACACAAGCAGUUCAGAACGGACAGUGGGUUGUUCUUGACAAUGCGAAUCUUUGUAACCCGUCCGUCCUUGACAGAUUGAACUCUUUGACGGAACCUAACGGAACUCUGAUCCUGAACGAACAACGUACAGAGGAUGGAAAUGCUCGCAUUAUAAAGCCGCACCCUAACUUCAGGCUCUUUUUGACUAUGGACCCUCGCCACGGCGAGCUGUCUCGGGCGAUGCGGAAUCGUUGUGUCGAGAUCUCAUUCUUGCCCCAGGAAGAUUUGAGCUUCGCUAUCUCCACUGUGCCUGCUUACACCUGCCAAUCCUCACUGUACCGUCUUCGGUCCCUGUGGAAUCUGAACGUUACCACGGCUCUCGAGGGCGAUGAGUCGGUUUCUCUACUUCAUGAAGCGUGCUUGGAUCAUCUCUCGAUCGCGGACCUCUCAUAUCUUCAGCGCGUACAGGGGCUCCUCCCGUUCUAUUCUUCUGUUAAACGAUACCUCUCUGUCAUACAUGACAAUUCGUCUUGCAGACCUUUCGAAUGUAUCAAACAGGACUUCGCAGUCGGUUUUGCCUCGGUCGCUACCCAGGGCGUUUAUCAACCCCUUCAUCCUCUGGUGAACGAACCUCUUGCAUCGAUAAUGCAUCAAAGUGUCCCUCUUGGCUGGCUCAUGGUCCUGGCACAACUCCAGGAGUCUAAGCUCGGCUUGCAGGGCCUGAGGCAGGGCUUAUUGCGGGCUAACGAAUCAGGAAAGCAUCUCAAGCCAAGCCAAAUGACCAGCUUGGAACGCUCUCUCGCCUCUGGCCGUAUCCCUUCCCUGAUGAAAGAUGCAACUCAGCCGGCUGUCUACGACUUCAUCCAGAGCUUAGAUCAAACCGUGUUUCAAGUUUCCGAAGUGAUUCCUGCACUUCGUGCAAUGGUCAAUUUCUGCUCCGACAUCUACAAUUUGACUACCGCGACCGAGGUGGACCAAGGCGAGUUUCAGAUUUACCUUCAGCUUGGAAGAGAGUUGUCUGCCUCGUUGCUUGAUGGGUGGGACCCUUUGAAACCACUGGCUCUGGCGUUUUCCCAAGCUCUCGACCGCUUCCAUGAGAACUGGGCCUUGACGACAGGCUUGAGCAUGCAGAGACUCUGGGAGUCCUGGAGGCCAGCCACCUCUGCUACACAGGAUCAAUUGAAGGCUCUUCUGGAGUUGGAGAAUAUUGCCCUUGAAUUUACCCAAGUUGCUACCAAGACACAUCUUGAUUUGUCUCAAUUGAGCCAGGUCCGCAAGUCUUUGAUUGCAGCUCAGGAAGCCAUUCUUUCGAGCGGCCAGGAGGGAUACCCAAUCCAGGACCUACGACAAACAGUCGUUGACCUCGCAGCUUGCGUGCCAGAUGCGGAUGCAUUGCAAAAGCCCUACUUCUCUACUGAAUUCGAGGUGCUAUGUCAAUACCACGACCUUUCCUCACUACGUAACGGCCAGACAGUUGAAGACCAAGUCGUGCAAUCAAUCCUGCCGCUACUUGCUGGACGUCCCGCCAAGCCCCUUGAUGCUUCAAGCUUGAAGACUCAAAUCCCUGUCAUCCUGAACAGGCUCUCUUUAUACGCGGGAAGUGAACCCUCGUCGGCUUUCGGCGCUGCAGUCAGUGGAACAUUGUCUCUGUCGCUGUUGGAAAGACUGGCCUACGUUGGAACCACAAGCCUGGGCCAGAUGAAUGCUUUGGAGAUGGAGAAGAAAACACUUUCCAAGGCUUUGACCCUUACGAGUGGCGAGCUUGCCAUUAAUCAGGUCACGUUUCUUCGACAAGCAAUGGCAAGAUUGACUACGGAGCUUGUCAUCCUUCACAAAGAUUUCUUCGAGCCGCAAUCUCUGGAGCAGAUUGUUUCUUUCCUCCAAGGUGUUGAAUCUCAAGGAUCACACAGGGGCUUCUCGCUGCCGAGCCUUAACUUAGCCUCAAACCUGCCAGACAACCACUUCUUCAAGAGCUUCGCUCAAAGCCAUCUUCCGCGCCUAUUGUCGUCCUUGAUGACGGAACAGAUGGAUAGCACAGGCGCCGGCAUUGUUCAGUUGGCUGUCAUUCUCUUGCAGCUUUUUGUUCCAGAUAAGCCAUUUGAUCCCUCAGGCAAAGCCAUCUCGUCAUUUGAGGGAGAACUGCGUAACCUCGGUUCGGCACCCCCGCCUUCUUCUUUCUCAAGUCUUCGAAUGCUCAGUAGACGCCUUACGAUGAACUACCGCUCCUACGACGAUAUAACGACUCUAAUCGUUCGGUUCCUACAACUUCUUGACUUGGGUCUGUUCCUUUCCUCGAGCAGGUCUCGCCAGGAGACUACUCCGUUCCUUGGUGGCCUCGAGUCUCACUUCGAAUCUAGUCUGAACACUGAUCUGUGGUUCCACGAACUAUCAGCGCUCAGAUUCCAUGCUCUCUGGAAAGGAUCUUGGGAGGAUGCAGAGGAAGUCGACGAGAACGAGUUGCAUGAAGAAGAAAAGGUGUCAAGCCCGGAAGUCUUGUCGGCCUAUGUCAAGCAAUCAUCCCUGUUGCUGGGCUCCUUAAGGCGAACUAAGAAGCUUGUUGACCUGACCCUGUCGACGAAAGCUCGGUUUGCUCAAAUCCACAAAUCCUGGCCCGACCACGCAGUUCUCGCAGACUUUAAGCAUACUGAACCUGUUGCUAAAUUCCUUACUAAGGUUGAAAAGCUUCACGGCCUUGUAUAUGAAUGGCAGUUGAUCACAGGCACUAUCAUUGGCUGGCGGCGACUUGAAUUGACUACCUGGGCGAAACUCUUGGAUUUGGAAGACGACAAAUGCCUCAAAGAUGUCAGCUCAUGGUGGUUCAUCACUUAUGAAGCCUUGGUCCGGGCUCCGAUCCAGAUCGUUGAAUCCGAGGUUACUGCGACUCUGGAACAGUUCUUCCGCUCCACCACUAACUUCCAGUCAUUGUUGCUACUCUAUGUGGAAGAUCUUCCGUCAUUGAGUCAACUCACACAGUUUGAACCCCCUGCUCUUGAGAAGAAUAUUAAGGAGCAAAUUCAGCUCGCUAGCUGGAAGGAUACCAACAUUGUCGCCCUUCGGGAAAGUUCUAGACGGUCACACGUCAAACUGUUCAAGUUGCCGGCUCAGCCCAUCCUGGAGCAAGACAUGCCAGAGGACAACCAGGAUACGGCUGCUCCUCAACGAAUGGUUCUUCCUUCCUUCGUCUUCCCUGAAGCGCUGGCGAUACCACCUCGAUUCAAGAACCCUGACAACACUGCUAGCAGCAUGAUGCAGGUCUUUGUCAAAUAUACUCCGAAGACCUUGACGGAAGAGAACAAGGAUGAUGUCCAGCAUCUCAAGAUGGGUGUGAAACGUAAUGUCAACACCAUCCUUGCGACCGUCCCGGCGUUCGAAGCUGGCAUCGCCGACGAUCUUAGCAACGUCGAAAUCUCCAGAAGCUCGGGAUCUGUGGAGCACCUCCUGCACCUCGUCGCCAACCUUUGGACCGCUGAUCCCCUCUCUAUCUUCAAGGCCCAUUCAAUAGCAUGGCUGGCUCCUAUCAUCGGCCUGGCGAUCACUGUCGUGGGAGUUCAUGCCAAGUUCUCCGGCCUCAACUCUACAGGCAUCACACUGAGCCAUCUCCCUGAGCUGCCUGAGGGAAUGGCUUCACGUGUGCACAAGACCACCGAGCGCCCUGACCUGUCCUUUGUUCUGGGCCAGAUCAUCCCAUGGUCGAAGGAAUACGACUCGAGUCUCAUUGCUGCCGCAGACAAGAUCCUUGUCAGUAUCCAGAAGCUGAACGAAGCUCCGUCGCAAAUCACCGCCCCUGGUGCGCUGCUUCUUCGCAUGGCGGACAUCUCGACUUCCCUCGACCUUCCGUUUGCCAUUGCCUUGACGGCGACCCUGUUGCCGAUUUUGAAUAAGUUCGCGCAUAUCUGUCGAGACGUGGUCGAUCGCUACCUGACGGUGCACAAAGAGACAUGCUUCUGUAGUCCGUCCGAGCCGUCGACGGAGGAGAGCAAGUCUGGCCAGUUGGAGAGUGGCACCGGUCUUGGGGAGGCCGACGAUGAGGAUUUGACGGAACUCGCCCAGGAGGACAAGCAGAAGACCGAUGAAGAGAUCGAGAACUCCGAAGAUGCGAGGAAGGAGGGAGACGAUGAAGACGACAAUGAAAGCGGCUCAGACGAAGAGGAUGAUAUCGAUGAAGAGAAGAUGUGGGAUGGCGAGCACGAUGAUCAACAGAAGGAGACUGAGACUCAAGAGGGCAAGGGAGCGGCGGAGAACGACGAGCAGACGGCCGCGCCGGACCAGCAACCUGGUCAGGAAGCUGAGAAGGGUGAGAACAAGGAGGAGGGUGAAGAGGCUCCUGAUGAGGAGGAAGAGGCGCUCGAUCUUCCAGAGGAGAUGCAAUUGGAUGGCGAUGAGAAGGAAGAGCAGCAAAUGGAGGGAGACGGCGAGCAGGAGAUUGAUCAGACUGAGGAAGCUGGUCCCGAUGACGAGCUGGGCGACGCGGACGAGGCUGAAGAGGCAGAGGAAGAAGAGAAGCAGGAAGAUGACUUCCUUGCCCAACGCGAUGAGAACGAGGCUGCUGGCGAGGAAGUCGCUCCUAGCGAAGCUGUCAACGGCUCGUCCGGUAACGCGCAGCAAGAGAGUGGCUCCACUGAUCCCUCUGACGAGAAGGAGCAGAAGACCGGUGCUGCUCAGGAAGGAGACGAGAACCAAAGACAUAAGGAUGAAGGCGGCGCCAACGAUUCCAACCCUGAGGAUCCUCAACUCCAAGCGUUCAAGAAACUGGGCGAUGUCCUCGAGCAAUGGCAUCGUCGACAGAAGGAGAUCAUGGAUGCUUCCAAGCAGGAAGACGAGGAGGCCGAAACUCGAUUGCCUGAGGAUACUGAUAUGGCGGAUGCCGACUUCGAACAUCUGGCGGAUCAAGACGAUGUUGCCGACACUCAAGCGCUUGGUCAAGCCAACGAAGAACAGGCCAAGGCUCUAGACCAGAACAAGGGCGUCGAAUCGGAUGUCAAGCCGGACGAGGACAAUGAACUCCUGCCAGACAUCACCGACGACAAUAUCCAGGACCUCCCCGAGAACCGACUUGAAGACGAGAUGCAGCUAGACCAGGGAGGCGCCCCCGCUGAGUCGCAGACGGCCGGUGCUUUCAUCCCUGGUAACCUUCAGAGCCAGGAGCGGGCAGAUGCCGCUGCAGGCCAGGAGGCAGCCGAUGAGGAAUUGGAUGAGGUCGACGCACAUCUGGCUGCAAUUCAUCUAUCCUCGACCCUGCCCCCGCUCACGCCACGGGACGAAGCUCAACGACUCUGGUCGUACUACGAGUCCGCGACCACCGAUCUCUCCUUGUCGCUGACGGAGCAGCUGCGGCUUAUCCUUGCCCCCACGCUUGCGACCAAACUCCGCGGUGACUUCCGCACCGGCAAGCGGCUCAACAUCAAGCGAAUUAUCCCGUACAUCGCCUCGCAGUACAAGCGGGACAAGAUCUGGAUGCGACGGUCGAUUCCCUCGAAGCGCAACUACCAGAUCAUGCUGGCGGUCGACGACAGUAAGUCCAUGCUGGAGAGCGGCAGUGGGCAGCUGGCCUUCGAGACCCUGGCUCUCGUGGCGAAGAGUCUGAGCAUGCUCGAGGCCGGCGACCUCUGCGUGCUCGGCUUCGGAAGUGAGGACCACGUGCGGGUGGCGCACGAGUUCGGCAAGCCGUUCUCCUCGGAGGCCGGCACGCAGGUCUUCCAGCACUUCAGCUACCAGCAGACGGGCACCAACGUGCGCAAGCUGAUCGCCGACUCGAUCGCGCUGUUCCGCGAGGCGCGCUGGAAGCAGUCCCCCGGCGGCGGCAACGCCGACCUGUGGCAGCUCGAGCUAAUCAUCUCCGACGGCAUCUGCGAGGACCACGAGACCAUCAGCCGCCUGGUGCGCCAGGCGCAGGAGGAGCGCAUCAUGAUCGUCUUCAUCAUCGUGGACGCGGUCAAGGGCAGCUCCAUCCUCGACCUCACGCAGGCCAGCUUCGAGCCGGACCUGGAGAGCGGCAGCGGCGAGAUGAAGCUGAAGAUGAAGCGCUACCUCGAGGGAUUCCCCUUCCCCUAUUAUCUAGUUGUGCGUGAUGUGCGGGAGCUCCCCGCAGUUCUGGCGACGGCGCUGAAGCAGUGGUUCGCCGAGGUGGUGGAUGUUUCUUCUUAG